CAGUAGCAGUCAUGCCAGCCCGGCGGCCCGAGGUCCCUUCGCACAUCCGGGUGUCCUAGCACCGCCCACCGCCGGCCUCCUGGCUACCGUCGCCGCUCGGGGCCUCCUAGACCUCCGCCGCAGUCGCGCCGGGCUUCUCCGAUGCGAAUCGCCGCCCGCUCGCCGGCCGCUGGCAUACGGCGGCGGCGAGCGGUCGGGCUCCGCGCGCGAUCUCAGCCAUGAUGCCGGUCCUGGCCGCUCAGCGUCGGGGUUGCCGCGGCCUCUACCGCCUGUACUUGCGCUGCCGGACGGCGCCGCUGCCCCGCGCCUGCCACGGAUGGCAAGCUCCAGUGAAAUGUGGGAGUCUGUCUUGUUUUCUACCAUGCCAUCGUCUGCCUGUGCAGUUGAUGAGCCAAGUGAGAGUUUAUACCUCCAAUGGUCAAAAAAAAGAUCUUGGAUCAGAAGAUACAAAAGGGUCAGUCCCUGAAGAAACCCUGCAUAAAGCUGGAACAGGACAAGAUAAGACUAAUGCAGGCCAAAAGCAGUCUGUCCUUAAAGAGCCAAUCCAAGUAAAAGUGAAAGCAGUCCUUAAAAAAAGAGAGUAUGGACCAAAAUACACAAAGAAUAACUUCAUCACUGGAGUAAGAGCAAUAAAUGAGUUUUGUCUCAAAUCCAGUGAUUUAGACCAGCUGAGGAAAAUUAAACGACGAAGCCCCCAUGAUGAUACUGAGACUUUCACUGUGUAUCUGAGAUCGGAUGUAGAAGCAAAGUCUCUUGAAGUUUGGGGUAGCCCAGAGGCUCUUGCUAGAGAAAGAAAACGACGUAAAGAGGCAGAGAUCAAAUACAGAGAAAAACUAUUUCGAAACCAAAGGCUGUUAUGGGAAUACAAGGAGUUCUUUGGCAAUACUAAGCCACGCUCCAGUGCAGCAGCUAUGUUUUUCAAGGGACCAGGGAAGGUGGUAAUGGUAGCUAUUUGCAUAAAUGGGUUGAAUUUUUUCUUUAAGCUACUUGCUUGGGUUUACACGGGUUCUGCAAGUAUGUUUUCAGAAGCCAUACAUUCUCUAGCAGACACAUGUAACCAGGCAUUGCUAGCUUUGGGCAUCAGUCAGUCUGCAAGGACGCCUGACCCUAGUCAUCCGUAUGGUUUCACAAACAUGCGCUAUAUUGCCUCCCUGAUUAGUGGAGUGGGCAUUUUCAUGAUGGGUGCAGGACUGUCUUGGUAUCAUGGGAUCAUAGGUUUACUCAACCCUCACCCUAUAGAAUCUCUUCUCUGGGCAUACUGCAUUUUAGCAGGGUCAUUGGUAUCUGAAGGAGCUACCCUUCUUGUUGCUAUAAAUGAAAUUCGCAGGAGUGCUCGAGCCAAGGGUCUGUCAUUUUAUCAAUAUGUUGUACAGAGUCAUGAUCCUAGUACAAAUGUGGUGUUACUGGAGGAUGCUGCAGCAGUUCUGAGUGUGGCCAUAGCUGCUACCUGUAUGGGUCUGACUUCUUUAACAGGAAACCCUUAUUAUGACAGUGUGGGGUCUCUAGGUGUUGGAACCUUGUUAGGAAGUGUGUCAGCAUUUCUCAUCUACACUAACACUGAAGCCCUGCUAGGACGAUCCAUUCAGCCUGAACGACUGCAGCGACUCACUGAGUUACUGGAAAGUGAUGCUGUAGUAAGAGCAAUUCAUGAUGUUAAAGCUACAGACCUGGGAAUGAGCAAAGUGAGAUUCAAGGCAGAAGUAGACUUCGACGGACGGGUUGUUACUCGGUCUUACCUGGAAAAACAAGACAUUGAGCAGCUGCUACAGGAAAUCCAGCAAGUGAAAAACCUUGAAGAAUUGGAAGCCUUCAUGCUUAAGCAUGGUGAAAAUAUCAUUGACACACUGGGAGCUGAAGUAGACAGACUUGAGAAGGACCUGAAGCAACGAAAUCCUGAUGUUCGUCAUGUGGAUUUGGAGAUACUAUAGGCAUGGCAGAAGAAAUCUUCAUGUUGCUACCGUAUUGGAAAGAAGUCGUGUAGAGGGCUGAAAAGCUUCUGAAAUUGCGGUGACCUCAGCGCCAUACCUCGCUUACUUUUACUGUAGGCUUCCUGGACUGUUAGCACUGCUUCUGUUUCUGGAGGAGCACUAGACUCGCAGACAAAAGUUUCCAUGGCAAAAUCAAUUUAAGAAAAAGCUAUUUGACUUAAAUUCCACGGGAGAGUCUGUCAGAGUAUAUUUACUGCAACUCAGAACUUACGACUUGAGGUUUAGUUAGGCAAAUAUAGCUGCCUGAAGAUACACAACACACUUAGUUUUUCCAUUUGCGUCCCUUUGCAGUCAGUUUGCACUUCUUUAGUUUCUUUCAAGAUACCGCUGAAGGAUCUUGGGAGAUAUUAAGAUUAGCUAGGAAAAGUUUGUUCCAGUGGAACCUGCCAACCUUAAACUAAUUGUAAUAUUUCAACUGUGUGAUUGUUUCACAGUUUUUCUUUUCUAUGAGAUAAAUUCUUUCAAACAGGCACUGGCCUUUUCUCAAGUACCAUGACCUGUAAACCUGCUUUUUCCCACUCUUGUGAGCACUAACUGCACUUCACAAAAAUAAGAUUUUUCUUCUCAGUGGGGUCAGCUGUAUGUGGUUAUCCAGAGUAUGUAAAGCUACUGUGAAGAAAUUAGAGAUUUUGGUGAACUUCCUCUGUUUAAAUUUUGUUAUUUUCUCCCCCUACUUUGACACUUGUUCUCUUAUUUGUAAGUAUCUUCAGAUGUGAUCUGGGAGAUAUAUACAUGGUAGUGCUUAUUAAAUGUUACCUGGCAUUUUUUGCUUUCCUUAUAGGCUGCAUUGCCAGAUACGGUCUUUGAUGAAGGUGUGAGAGAUGUAAUUGGAAGUUACAGUAGUAAAAAAUGUAUUAGAAUUAUUUAUAAUUAAACAAAUGAAUACAUUGUAUUUUUAA